CUGACACAUUUCCUCUUGCAGUGCCCAUGCAUGAAGCAGGCUGUCUGACUCAUAGAAGCAGAGAGAGAGAGGAACAGCCACACAGUAACAAGAGGAUACACACUGUGUAACUAGGGGACCUGUAGGGCAUCUGCAUUCAGAGCUGAGCCAGGGUACCUAAGAUCUGAGCGGAUGCAUUGUAACAAGGAGAGGGAGGUACAUAUAUUUACUGCAGCAGUAGAUACUCCAUAACCUAAACGUUAGGGACCAGGUGGCCAGGCAGCAGGGAAAGAAAGAAAAUACCCCACUACCAGUCAUACCGCUGGGCACUUACAAAGCUCAGAGCAGCAGAGAUAGAUACAUACCCGGAGCAGCAAGUCCUAUCUAGGUGGGCGUAGAGGAUUCUGUUUCACCACCAUCCCUUCAUCUCUAAGACAAGCAGUGGGAGUCUCUCUGUGGGAGUCUGGAUGAGGAUACAGGGCUAAGAAACCCCCUUUCACUCACCAUUCACUACUCUGGGAGAAGAUGGGCACCCAAGGACCUGGAAGGAAAAGACACCCCAAUCAGGAGAGGCUUUCUGCUGAGGAUCAAGCCCUGAAUCAGAUUGCACGAGAGGCAGAGGCACGACUGGCCGCCAAGAGAGCGGCGCGAGCUGAAGCCCGGGAGAUCCGCAUGAAAGAGCUGGAGAGGCAGCAAAAAGAGAUCUACCAGGUUCAGAAGAAAUAUUAUGGUUUGGAUGCCAAGUGGGGAGACAUUGAACAGUGGAUGGAAGACAGUGAGCGAUACUCACACAGAGCACGGAGGACUCAACAGGGUGCAGAUGACGAUGACCUUAUGUCUGUGGGAAGUAGGAGCAGUCUGAGGACCAAUGGUUAUGAGGAUGAAUUACUUGGAGCAACUCAAUAUAGGAAGUCCAGCAGGAGUUCCACUGGCAGUGGGGAGACCUAUCAGUCCUCACGAGCACCCCCCCAAGAUGAGAGCACUUACUACUCAGAUAUGAGCUUGGCCAGCGCUUCACUGACCUCCAAACCUCAGCAGGCAAUGCACAAUGGAAACCGGCCUUCUCUGCUCAACUGCAACACUCUCCCUUCCAGAUCUCAGCGGAGCUCGCUGUAUGAUGAUGGUAUCGCAAGUGGCAGUCGGCGUUACAGUUCCUCUAGCUCCAAGCCUCCAUCAGAAUACAGUUGCUACCUGGGCUCUGGAUCACGUGCUUCCUCUCGUGCCAGUUCUGCCCGUGCCAGCCCUGUGAACUCAGAGCCUCCCGGUUCCACUGUGUUCCGCCGUGGCUCUGCCUGUGGCAGUGUCAGCACUCUGAGCCAUGUCGAUGACGUUCCUCCAGUGUUUGGAGUGGAAGAGAGACCAGAAAAAGACUUUUCAGAGAAGGGGUCUCGUCCCGUGUCCAGUUUGUCUGCUGCCACUCUGGCCUCCCUGGGUGGAACAUCUUCCCGCAGAGGCAGUGGAGACACUUCCAUAUCGGUGGACACAGAAGCAUCUAUCAGGGAAAUAAAGGAGAUCAGUGAGUUAAAAGAUCAGAUUGAGGAUGUUGAAGGCAGAUACAUGCAAGGGCUAAAGGAAAUGAAGGACUCUCUGGCUGAGGUGGAGGAGAAGUAUAAACGGUCUAUGGUGACUAAUGCCCAACUGGACAAUGAGAAGACCUCACUGCAGUACCAGGUAGACACCCUGCGGGAUGUUUUACUGGAGCUAGAAGAGGAGCUGGCUGAGUCCCGAAGGCAGCAUGAGGAAAAGAAUAAGGAAUGUGAACGGCAAAAGCAUGAGCACAAUGUCCUGCGUUUCCAGCUGGCUGAGCUGAAGGAUGCUCUGGAGCAAAGGGAGCAGUUGUUGACAGAAAUUCGGCAACUGCAACAGAAGCAAGAAAACAGCGAGUGUGAAAUUUGUGACCUGAAGGAGACCAUAGAGUGGAAGGAUAAAAAGAUAGGGGCCCUUGAAAGACAAAAAGAGUUCUUUGACCCUGUUCGAUGUGAGCGUGAUGAUCUCAGGGAAGAAGUUAGCCAUUUAAGGGAGGAGUUAAAGAAACAUGGUAUUGCACUAGAUUCUGAAGAUACACCUAAUGGAGAUGCCUCAAUAGAACCCCAUAUAGUUGAAGAGUGUCACAUGGAGUCACCCCAAAAGGCAACAGCUCUUGGCAAAGCUGAUGAAUCUGAUGUGAGAGAGCAGGAAAUAUCUGUGGUGAGUCAGAGGGCACAGGCUGGACAUGAGCAGGAAAGAGAAAAAGAACCAGUGGCUGAGCAGGACAGAGAGGAGGAACAAGAAAAAACUCCAGAAGAAUUUCCAUUUCAAGCUGCAAACAAUAAUGUCACAGACUUUCAGAGAAUACAGGAACUUACUAGCAACAAUUCUGUUGAGCUGAAGCCAGUUCCUUCAGCUGAUGAUAGCUGUAGUCAGACCAACUUUGGGCAGAGUUUAAGCCAGCAAGGGGAGGAAUGCAAAACCAGCUCAAAACAACCGACAAGUGAGGAGGAGGGAGGAAAUCAGAUUAAGGGGGGGGAGGUUGUAGAAGGUGAAGGGACUAUGUUAGGGCACAUUAUUUCAGUAGUGGAAGGUGAAGUGACACAAAAUCAAAAAGGCGGGAGUCCAGGUGAAAGUGAACUCUUUCAGGAUGCUCUUGAUUUUGUCAAACAAACCCAAAAUGUAACUGAUGAGUGUGUUGGUGAAACCGCCUUUACUUUAAGCAGUUCUGUGACAGGUGAUUUCCAAGACCAAAAGGUAGAGAAGAUGGAAAAAGAUCACAAAGCUUGUAGUUCUGAGAGUACAAUUCCUGAAUCUGGAAGUGAGGUUUGUGAUGGUACAGAAAACAUUAGGGCAGAAUCAUCAUCAUGGUUUCCUUCAGAAGAGAGUGCUGAGACUAGUAGUGACAGUGAUGAGUUCUGUGAAACAGGGGAAAACUUUGAAAUCAGUGGACCCAAAGUGGGUUAUGAAAAACAUGAGGGCAAUUUAAUAGAGUUUACUCCUAAUGAAAGUAGUCUGACCAUGCAGGAGAGAGAACUUGAACCAGUGUCACUAGAAAAUACAGAAGAAGCAUUGCCUACUCUAGAAAGCGCAAAACAGACUGUAGAUGGAGAUUGCGAGACUAUUAGAACAGAUCUAAUCUCUACUCACAAAGAGGAAACUACUGAGACUUUUAAGGAAAAUGAGGAUAAGAUAGAGGAUGUUAUUCACCCCCAAUCUCAAAAACCAGGUUCAGAAAAUGAAGCUGUAACGUUACUGGCCUGUGAUAGCAACACAGCAGCAGAUGGUCAAGAAUGUGGUCAUUUUACUGAAUGCGAAAACCUAAAGGCGGACAAUGAGAAGCAGGAAUAUGGUUUAGUGGUUGCUGACAGUGAUGACAAUGAAGGACUAACUGACUCUACUCUUGGUGCUGGUUUGGAAAGCAGCAGCAAAUCUCAUAAUGAAAAUGCUAAUUUAAGUGAAGGGGAAAAUGUAGUUCCUGGAGAGCAGCAAGGCCAAAAGGAGGAGUUCCUGGGUAAAGCUGAUAAUGAAGAGAAUAUGACACAAAAUGCUGAUGAACAUGAAUGCAAACCAGCUCACACCGAGACCUUGGUCACCAAGGAAGCAAUUGUUAAAAAUCAAGAAAAAGAUGAUGUGGAGGAUGAUAAUUAUGAUGAUGAAAAUGGCAGUAAUGAGGAGGAAGAGGAUCAUGAUGAGGAAGAGGACACUGGACCAAGUGAGAAGUACCAAGGAGAGAGCGAAAUAAGAUUAGGAUCAUCAGUGGACAUGACCUCCAGUAGUGAAGAUGUGCGACCUGAGAACAAUACAAAUAAGACUCCCAAACUGGGGAAAGGUAAAAAUAAAGAGGAUUGUGUGAUAUCUUGAAGGAGUGGGUUCCCCCCACACCUUGCUAUGUAGACAUGCACUGUGACACUGCUGGUCAUUAAAUUGCACUGAAUGAAGAUUUGAUUGGCUGCAAGGAUAGACUCUCUCCGCUGUCUCAGCCAACUGUUGGGCAAGAAAGGAAAUAAAGAAACCUUUUAGGCCAUACUGGCAGUGAAUUGGACAAGCCUUGUAUCCUCAACAUUAAAAAGAUAUCACUAGAAACAAAACUAAGGUAGUAUGUAUUUGCUUUUAUAGAAACCUGCUCUAAUAUUUUGGGCAAAAAGGUAAAUGUACUCUUCUGUACCUUUAGUAUCCACUUAACAAACCUCCACAGGCUUGUCCCUGCUCUCCAGUAUGAUUCCAAUAAGUGUGCCUUUAAUAAACUGCAAAUAGGGGAUUCUUAUUUAUUUUAUAUACAUGUCACUGGAUUAUUUUAUUUAAUCGCCUGGUCAGUGCAUCCUUCAUCUACUUUGAUUGUUGUAAUUUAGGAGUAAUAUUACUUUUCUGUACAUGCAGCUGCAUGCAGUUGUAAGGCACUAUCGAUAUUCUCUGCCUGGGUAUGCAUAUAUGUUUGUGUAUCU